CUGGCCGGGGGAACAUGGGUAACAGGGUCACCCGCGGGGACUUCGAGUGGGUUUACACGGAGCAGCCCCACACGCAACGACGGCGGGAGAUCCUAGCCAAAUAUCCAACAAUUAAAUCUCUAAUGGGACCAGAUCCCCACUUUAAAUGGAUUGUGUCUGGAAUGGUGUUGACACAGCUUCUAGCCUGCUAUUUGGUGCAAGAUUUAUCUUGGAAAUGGAUUUUCUUUUGGGCUUAUGCUUUUGGGGGCUGCAUCAAUCACUCAAUGGCGCUAGCAAUCCAUGAUAUUUCACACAAUGUUGCCUUUGGUAACAAGCAGGCUAAGUGGAAUAGAUGGUUUGCAGUGUUUGCCAACCUGCCAUUUGGACUUCCUUACUCCGCCUCCUUCAAGAAAUACCACAUUGACCAUCAUCGAUACCUUGGUGGAGACAUUUUGGAUGUGGAUGUUCCAACUGACUUUGAAGGCUGGUUCUUUUGCACUCCAUUUCGAAAAUUUAUUUGGCUCAUCCUCCAACCAUUCUUCUACAGCCUGAGACCUCUUUACGUGAACCCCAAAGCAGUUACUCAGAUGGAAAUAUUUAAUGCCUUGGUGCAAUUCUCUUUUGAUUUUAUAAUCUACUACCUAUGGGGCCUGAAGCCUGUUAUUUAUUUAAUAGCAGGCACAUUACUUUGCAUGGGUUUGCAUCCUAUUGCUGGGCACUUCAUAGCAGAACAUUACAUGUUCUUAAAAGGCUACGAAACCUAUUCUUAUUAUGGACCUCUCAACUGGAUCACCUUUAAUGCAGGCUACCACAUGGAGCACCAUGAUUUCCCCAGCAUUCCUGGAUCCAAGCUGCCAAUGGUGAAGAAGAUAGCAGCAGAAUAUUAUGACAACCUUCCUCAGCACCAGUCUUGGUGUCGAGUUCUCUGGGAUUUUGUUUUUGAUGACACCAUUGGUCCUUACUCACGGAUUAAGAGAAUAUGCAAACUAGCAACAGAAAACCAAUAGAUUUGCUUUAGCAUCGUCAUUAAUAAUGUAAAAAAAAAUCCAUUCUUUGUGAACUUGAGUUUUCAGAGCUAAAAAUGAUCUGAAGUAAUAUUUCUAUGCACUUACCUUUUCUGUAGUACCAAAAGUGAUGAAAUAUUGAAGCAAAAACCACAGGCACGGUCUUUUAGAAUACUGUAAAUUUUAUUAAAAGGAUUUUUGCUUAUGUAACAUUGCUCUUUGGCAGGAUAUCACACAUGUAUGUUUAUAGCAGAGGCUAUAUAGAUGCACCAUCCUUUGUAUCUGGGUGAAACUGUUACAUUUUAAAUCCACAU